AUGGACAACACAUCGAUCAACUGCGAGGAGAUUUUGGCGAGAUUUCCAUCUCCACCACCAAGAAUGUCCGUGGUCGUGAAAUCUUUGUACUAUAUGUUUAUCUUGGUCUUUUCGCUGAUAACAUUAACUGGAAACGUAUUUGUCAUUGCGUCAGUGGCGAUUGUUAAACGGUUGCAGAAACGAACACACGCGUUUGUCGUAGCUGUUGCAUUCGCAGACAUCGGUGUCGCCAUCUUUGUGAUGCCUUUCCGACUGUACGAAGAGUGGAACGGCGGAUGGUUACUUGGAGAGUCCUUUUGUUUGACGGUCAGCAUGUUUGAUGGAUUAUUCUGCUCGGUGUCCAUGUUCACACUCUGUUGCCUAGCAAUCGAGAGGUAUCUGGCCGUCUGCCGACCAUUCCUUCACGCGAAGAUCAAACCCAGCCUGACCGUAUCUGUCAUCUCUGGAUGCUGGUUUAUUCCUCUCGCUGCAUGGAGUGUUUUCCUCUUCAACCAGUACCACGUCGUUAGGAUUGAAGACUUUGUUUUCUGUGUGCUGGACGGCGCCUGCCCGCUGAUCACGAAUCUGAUGUCCUCCAUCGCUCUAAGCAUGCUCCAUUUCUGGCUGCCUUCGUUGGUGAUGGUUUUCUGUUACGUUCGGAUAUUUUUGACGACGAAUCACCACAUACGGGUAAUCUGUGAAACCACCAUCACGGACGACGACAAACGGUUUGAGGUGGCAUUCACUCGGACAAUGAAAGCAGCAAAAACUCUAGGUAUUGUGAUUGGAUGCUUCUUGGUAUGUUGGCUGCCAUUUUUCGUUGUACUGAUAGGUGAUGCAGUCGAAGGUCACCAGUGGUCAGUUCAGCUUAAAAUAGCUGUCAUGUGGUUGGGCUACCUCAACUCCAUGAUGAAUCCAUUCUUGUACUACAUGUUCAGCGCUGAAUUCAAAUCAGCUUUUAAAAGCAUUUUGAAAUGCAAGAGACUCCGCUAA